UUGGCCACGAGCGUCCAGCCCCACCUACUUAAUGGAGGAUGAAAAUAUUGAAUGUGUCACUUUAGUCCUUGGUUGCCACACGUUCUUUUCUGCUUUUCUUUGUAGUCAUCAGGAUGUUUGCUUGUGAAAUCUUCAUGGAGAGUACGCUUUAUACCAGUCACUGUCGUCACCAUAAUGGACCUCCCUUCGCCACAGUUCACCGGAGGAAGGCUGCCUCACUGACCAUUCCCAAACGUGUCAGUAUCCAGUGAGCAAGCGCAGUCGGGGAAGCGUGUCGUUUGACCAGACCUCAUCAGCGUUAACAGACCACUCGUGGUUCCUUGAAAGCAAGUGGUUCAUCUUGCAAGUGACUGACCAGGGCUAAAGUGCCUCGCUUGUCGCACUGAGGUGUCACGAAUGAAGAUAAGAGGUUUAUUUUUGGAAGGCUGUCUUUGCCUCGAGACGUUGGGAGAAAUGUGCCUCAUUCUGGCCUGCGGGACGCCUCUGGCAGUAGCUGUGCGUAUGGAGGGGCAAGGGGCCGGGGCUGCACUCGCGGCCCCUCCUCCACGCCUUUUAUCUGCCGCCUCCUGUACCUGUUGCAUUUCUCUUCUUUCUGUCUUUAAUGUCGUUUUUAUUUUUUAUUAUUAUCAUGGUGGUUUGAUGAAUUAAUAUUUGGUUGCCUUGAAGGAUCUGUAACUGGAAAUCAUAUGUGCCUAUGAGAUAAUUUGAGAGCCUAGCUUUGGUGGAUGGCGUUUACCAGUCUGCGUCGCGCCCCGGCGCUAGCAGACGGGACGCGACCGUCGGCCGCUCGUAUCAUUCUUGUGUUGAUGUCCCUCUUGAUUCUCCCACAGCAACCCCUUCUGCGUAAAUGUUGCUAGGCUUUGCCCAGGCCUGGCCUAUUCUUUGCGACCUGACUUGACCCUUUUUCCGAGUUCGACUGUGACGCCGACGAUGAGGAGACCCACAACGCCGCCAACGCAACCGCCAGCGCAACCAUCGCCUCGGUGGACAGCUCGGCCGACACCGCCAGCCGCCGCUCCAACGCCGUCAGCCCCGUGGCGAACACCUAAGGGCCGCCUCGGUGCCAGUGCGAGCGGAAAGGAAGCGGGACUGAGCCGUCGCCCCGAGCCGCCGCUGCCGCCGAGCCUCGUCUCCGACACGGCUGUCUCGUCCUCUCGUCGGCCUUUCUACGUGUGCCGCACUGUCUAUUCUUUAGGGGCAUUCACUAUCGUUUCAUCUCAUCUAGACUUGGAGUUAGGAGCGACUUUGGAUAAUACUCGGCCGGCGCAGCACCCCCGUCCGCGAAGGAAGCCUUACCGGGAGGCGCCUCCGGACCCACAGGUCCCUCUGAGCUUGCGGCCGCAGCACCAAACCUGCGGCGGCCGGUGGCGGACGGGCCUCGGGUCCUGUUUCUUCGGCUGUCGAGAGGGGUACCCGCUCUCCAUGGAGCCCUCGCUCCUUCAGUCCUGUUUCACCUUUCACUUGCUCCGCUAUUUCCGAUUACCCUCUUGCCCUUUUUCCCUCUUCCUUCCUACCCUUCAUCUCUUUCUUUCCCUAUUCUUCUUUUUCUUAUAUUCCUCCUCUGUGUCCUCCUCCUCUCUUUCCCUUUUCCCCCUUCUUCUUCCUUUUCUUCCUUUUUCUCAUAGUCUUCCUUCUCCUCCACCUCCUCUGACAACUACUACUACUACUACUUCAUCCCCCUCCUCCUCCUCCCCCCCCCUCCACCAACCUUUCCUUUCUCCACCGCCCCCCCCCCCCCUGCUCCCGCUGGUCCUCCAAGCUGAGGGUAUCGCAAGUGUGCCCCCCCCCUCCCCCACACACAAACCGCCUCGCGCUGAAGUCGUCCCAAGGAGAGAGACGAGGGCGCGCCUGAGGCCUUGCACUGCAGGAGGCCCUGGCGUGCUCGCAGGGCGACGGCGGGCGAGGGGCCGAGAGGCGAAGGGAAGGGUGGAAGGGUGAGAGGUGGAAAGAGAGAGAUUCGCGGAACGGAAGGAGGAAAGAAAAUCGGAAGGAAGAACCUUAAGGAAUUAUAGAAAAGGGAGUAAUUGGAGGAGACAGGUAAGAAAGGAAAUGAAAGGUGAAAAGUGAAUGAAUAAAUAGAUGUUACGAAAAAUGUAGCAGGUGAAUAAUUUUCUGUAAUUCAGAAAACGAACUCUGGAAGAGGAAACGCCGAAAUGCAAAGAAAACGAAAGUUGUACAAACAGAAAGGAAGAAGGGAAGAAAACGCCGGAUACUCAAACUGAAGAAAACGGGACAGGGCGAGAAGUCAGGCUUUGGAGUAUUUGCAGCCGCGGACGAGAGUCAGCGGGUGUUGCCAACUUAGUAGUCAUAGUAUACAUGAUAGAUGGCAAUUAGAUCUCAUUUUUUUAUUUUCUCAAUUCAUUACUUCACAUUCACUGCCGUUGCAUGUUGUGACAACAAUUAUGUACAGGGGGCUUGGCCUUAGGAAGGCUUUGGUAUUUUUGCCUCUUUAUAUUAUUAUUUUUUUAAUUAUUAUUAUUAUUUUAUUAUCGUCAUCAUCAUUGUUAUCAACAUUAUUACUGUUUUUAUGAUAACUGAAAUUCUUUUCCGUGCUUCUCUCAGUCUCAUAAGCUUGUCUUUAAUGCCGCACGUGCCCAGUGCCUACAGCGUCGCGGAGAGAAGCGCAAGCCAGCUAGCCCGGCGGCCGGGCGCUGCCUCUCCAGCUGGUCGCCAGCGACAGCUUGGCUUCCUUAUGCGACUCUUACGCUGCGGGGACAAAGUGAGAAUGCACAGGCUUUGUAAGAUCUUGACUGACGAGCUGGCGGCCCAAACACCGGAGUUCCCCUGCACGCCAGAGCGGGGCUUCGAGAACAGUAUUCUGCGUCGCUGCGCAUUUUCGGUGGUGGUGGUGGUGAGCUGCGUUCCGCGUCGCCUUCGUUGCACCUGCGAAGGCUUGUCGAAAUCUCGGCCGAUGUGUCGCAUUCUUCGUUGCUUUAGUUAGGUUUUAUGAAAUAAAUGUAUUUUGGUUUGAAUGGGUGUCGGUUCAAGCAAUACCGUUGUUUGUAUGAAGUGGCUAACACCAGAUUUUAUUCAUUACUGUCUCACAAAGUCUAAGACUCUCCACAUGAAAACGCAUUCUAACCGUAAACCCAAGAUCUGUACGUCCAGACACACACAGCAUGUAUCGACUCAACGCCUACGUACGAAUUCGCACAAACACGUUUGGUUUUAGGUUUUCGUCUGAUAUUAUUUUAGUGCCUACAAUGCCUUAGAAAGCAUUAUGUAUUGUAUUGAGGUGUAUGCUUUAAGUUUACCAUUGAAUUGUAUAUUAUAACCCAGGAGAUUUUAAGAGAUUUUUCUUAGAGGCAUUAAGAAUUCUCAUGAAAACAUAUCUAAUUUACCCUGGCAAAGAAUCCUUGUUCUUUAAAUUUAAUUUCAACGUGCUUGUAUGAAGGCAGGGCAUUGUCGCACCACGUUUGUCCCGCAUGUGUGGCGCUCGCAACCGCCUCUCACGUCUGUUCGCCGGCCAGGCUGCGGCCUCGCGGUCCCCCGGGCGCACCUGCGGCCUCGCAGAUCUCUUGCACCGGGAGCCUGGUGCGGGUUUGGCAGUUCCUGGGCUUUCUUCCUCUUUUACUUUAUAUGCUCUCUUGUCCUUUUCAUCGCCUCCUCUCUCGCUUCUUCUUUGUAGGAUUUCGCACCCGGGAAACUGGAGAAAUAACCAUUCGAUUGCUUGUUUAUGCGUCACGGGAGGCGGGCCUGAGGCGGUUCCUCGAAACCAAGGACCUGGCGCCGGCGCGAAUGGAUUAACAAGAAGCUACUCAUAAAUCUUAUCCUUGUUAGUUUUCUGUGCGUCAGUUGUUGACCGGUACUAGUUAUCCUUAUCGGCUGCAGACCGGGACAGCUGGGGCUGUCGCAGACGCACAUUGAACGAUUCUCUGAAUGAGUCGGCGAAGUUUCGCGACUCCGUAGUGUAUCUGCAACACGGGACGUGAGUACUGGUUAAAGUGCGGUUGCCAUUAACAUGUUCUUUGCACUUCAUUUCCAAACAUAAUAUUUACAAUUUGUAUUUGAUCUUACGUAAGUUAUUGUACAAGAAAAUAUUAAAUAUUUUGGUAUA